UCCUUGACUCAACAGGAACAUCCUUUCCUCGGUGAGCCGUGGUAUCACCUGCAUCCAUGCCGGACGGCCGUCUUGAUGGAUCUGGUUGCUGGCAAUGACGUCGAUGGAAUUGAUGCAAAACGGCAGCAGAAAAGCGACGAGAGCUUUGCGCUGUUGUGUGCGUAUUGAACCUAGAAAAUCCAUUUCAUCAUUUUACCCAUGACCCCUUCCAACUCUUCGGGAGAUAUUCUCCUCCGCCUUUUUUCUGCAUGAUUUACCGUCGAAAUAACUUAACCGUGUACUACCUCUGUUGACACACACACACACACACACAGGCGAUACUUUGUCCGCUGGAUGUCAACUGUGGCCCCGCUGGUCGGCUGUCCCGUUUCUCAUCAUUAUGCUUCCAUUCGGUAAACGCCCUGACCCCCUGCGUUGGCCUCUCCUCGGCAACAGGUAUACAUACCCAUCAUCGACCGGAUCAUCAGUGUGUUUUGCCAACGAGAAAAUGUAUUAAUCAACUAACAAGUUUCGAAUAAAAACACGUGUUACUACGGUACACAACAACAACAACAGCAGCAAUCGGAAUAAUUACUCGAUAUGUCGGCACGUGAUUGCCUACAUGGUUGGCUCUUUUUUUUAUAUUUGUUGUGUCGGAAGAGCGGAGGAAAUAGAAAGAAGGGAGGAAAUAAAGGCAUUCGGGUCCGUCGUUAUUGGAGACCUCCGACCACUGGUCUGGUCGGCGUGCCGCCUUUUAAAUAUUACGGGUGAUCGAUAACUGCCGGAACUGGGAAAUAACAACGUUGUAAUGAAUAUAGCCAUCCCAUCCGCCGCAAGAAAAUGAUGUUUGAGAACGUGUGCGACCACUCGUCACGUUUUAGAAACCAUCAUCAUCUGCGAGUUGCCAUGACGACGACCCCCCCCCCCAGCCCCUUUCUAUUGUUGUUUCCUGUGCUGUUCUUCAUCGCAACACGCUCUCACUUUUGUCCGUUGCCCAGUCUGCACACCGACCAAUAACCAACCGGGUGAUUGCUUUGCGGGACUAGUAACCCCGGCAGGGCUGGCCUCUCUACAACUCCCAGGUCCAGUCCAUCAUACUCCAUCCUUCCUCUCCCUUUUUUUUUCUGGUUGCUCUACCCUCGUUGCCUGUUGCCUGGAUUAUUGAUCAAUUUCUUUCGCUCACCGGUCCCCCUUUUUUCCCUGGACAAAUCUAUAAAAAAAUAAAGAGAGAGAAUAUAAAAACAAGUCUAAAUAAAUAAAAACAGAAACAUCAUCUGGUCGUCCACUAUGGACAACCGCUGGGACGACGUUGCUAGCUAUACUUUUUCUAGAAUCUCAUAACCGUCCCUUUCAACACUACAAAAGUAUUGGCAUAAUAAUUUGAAAAAAAAAAAAAAAAAAAACACGGGACGUCGGAUAAUAUAUACCGUAGGUCAAAGAUCGACAUUUCUUUCGGCUCGGCUGUCCAGCCGACCAGCCAGCCGGCCCACCUUCUGCUGUUUGAAUUGUUUUUAAAAAAGGGGUUAUAAAUGUAGGUGGGGUUGAAAAGGUUUUGAGUUGAACAAAUCUUUGCUCUGCAUGUUCUUUUCUAUCAAAACAAAAAAAAAAGACGUCGAUAGAGCCGCAAUGAUGGUGAGUCUGCGCGUUUGCGUUGCACGCGGAAAUCCUUGUUCUUCCUUGUUCCAGCUCGAGACUACAGGUGUCUUGUACGCACGGUCGUGGAAUAUGUAAGACCUACACACACACACACACACACACGUAAAGGACGGUGGAGAGGGGGUCUGCAUCGUGCGAUGGAUCCAGCAGCAGCCAGUUGACGAAGAGUUUAUCACGUCGGCGGUUCGCACCGUUCACUAGCUCCAGAAGUUUCACUCUCUCUAGUACCUACUGGCAGCAGCAAUUUUUCUGACAUCAACUGAAACUCUUGUCGCUUCGUCUGGAACAACCUUUUCCCACUUCUUCUCGAUGAUUGGCCCAGCCAGGAUCGCGUGAUGACUUUUAUUCUUGCGUUGUCCGUUUAUCUGAAAUGGAAUUGGUCAGAGCUUUCACCACCAGACAGCCGGUGGUAGGGACGACUGGAACGACCUUACAAAGAAACAUUACCAUCUACGUUCUAGUGGCAGGAAUAGCCGGCGGAUUGCUCCUGACCCUUGCCAUUUUGCUCCUCUGCAAGUACUGCUCUCGCUUGCGGUCACGAACCAAUAGCGAAAGGAAUACGGCGAACCCGGUUGUGAGUGGCUGGGGAGCUGAAGUAUCGGUGGCCUUAACGAGCAGCGGCGUCAGCAAAGUUCAGCAUCGUCUCACUAGUUGCAAUAAUAACAAAUUGACGACUUCGUCAACUUCGACUGGUCCCAUACUCGUCACGACGUCGCAGCCAGUCGCUCCAUUGUCAGCAACACUACCGUCGCCGAGUGUAGGACAUCAACUGGGUAGCAGCGGUAGCAUCGCUACCAGUCCAUCAUCGAUCAUCAAAGACGACCUUAGUGACUCAUACGUUAUUCAGGUUGAACCCAUUCGGGACAUGGCAGCGUCACCAUCAUCGAUAUUGGGCGGAGCCGACUCGUGGGUAUCGGACGAAUCGCCGACGACGCACCGCGGACUGUUGACGGUUAGCGAGGAACGUGAUGACUGGACACGUCGCGAAUAUCAGCAAAGUGUCGACAAUUCGACCGUCGCUGGAGAUGACGACAAUAUCCCAGUCUCGACCGUCAACUCCGCACCUGCCGACGGUCGCCGGAGAAGCUUGCGCCACGCGGCGACCCACGACGACGGAUCGGCCACUUCGUCGACCGUUAGCAAACGCAGACUCGACUGGCGCAACUCUCACCGCAAUUACCGCUCUGCGCCAACGGCAGCCGCUAGCCGGGACUCGUACGCUCUCAACUACGACACGCGACGGGCUCUUCGGGAUUACCACCAGCGCAGCGUCGAGGCCGGUUCCGUGUACUCAUCUCCUCACUCCAACCGGCGAGUGUUACACAAACGCGGCGGAAGCAUGAGGGAAACAUUGACUGACGGCCUAGAUGCCUCGUCUUCUUCUUCUUCGACGGCCACUGAAAUAGCGGGAAACAGUUUACCUUCAACUAGCAUAGCCCAGCAACCGCAUUCGCGCUGUCAGAUGAUGGCCAGCCCGGCCACCAAACGCUGGCGUUGCCACACGGUCGACUGCCCUUGUUCCAAUAACGUCACAGCCUCACCCGUCAACAAGGAUCUGAUACUCUUCGAUGGCGCUUUGACUAUUCAUCGUCAUUCCUUUCCUAGUAGCGGAGAACUGUCCAGCCCAUCUUCUACAAACCGACGCCGUCAUUACCAUCAACACCGAAGCGAAGAUCAACACAAGUAUUUUGGACAAACCAAAGACUCUUUGUACGAUGGCUACUUAAACCGAUCGGAGAGUCUAGAUUGGGAAGGAUUCGAAACGAGAGCCAAAACGGCCAGCGCUAAAAGAGACGACGCGGCAUCCGUCAUGGUCGACGUUGAUGGAACUAGCGGUCAGUUGCAGACGUCAGCUGUCGGCCCAGCCCCGCGUAUUACUAUCCGCUACAACGAUCCUGGCAGUCUUGAAAGCGUCAACGAAGAUAAUUUGUUCUUCUGCUUAGAAGCCGGAAGCAAAAAUGAAUUCCGUCAGCGUUUAGAAAAGACCAUUGAUGCCCAGUAUCGUCAAGUGUGGGAGCUAAGGGCUAACCUGGAAGAGCACAAUGAUUUUUACGAACCGUCUUCACCGGAACCAGAAACAAUCACCAAUCCAGGCUUAGCGAUAAGUGACGUGGAAUCCUUCGAUUCGAAUUCUGAAAGUUUGGUCAGUGAAGAAGAGGAGAUUCGAGCACGAAAUAAUUACGACAUGAUUGCGCCGGCUCAAGAUUUAUCGGCAGUAUGCGAAUCUAAAACACCGUCAUCAGCGUCCAUGUUGCUGGCCCCGAAUUCUAGCGGAUCGUGGAAAAGACAGUCGUAUCGAAGUGUUUCGAUGAAUUCCCGACUCCCACAUCCAAGCGGGCCAAUUAUUCCGGUGCAGAGGCCACCUCAACAUCAGCCGCAGAGCAGUUUUGAUUCGAUCGACACGAUCGAGACGUCGUCCACGGAAGCCAGCAGAAUGGAUCACGUCACGACCAGUUUCGAAAGCUCAGCAACUGACAGCACCAACGGUCUGGAAGUGACGUCCAUCCCGCCAUCAGUCAGCCAUCACAGGAUGCUGGCGCUCCGCAAUGACAGCGGUUAUCGCAGUCUGGAAUCAGCAAUCGUCCCGACGUCUGGGCUGGUUAAGACGCCAAUCAAAGGACGGACUAUGAGCCUCAGCGAAGACGAUUUGAAUGACCCGUUCCCGCAAGAAGCGAACUGCCAGUGCAGGAGCCAAGUGCUACACGACGAAAAAUGUGAACGCUACAAGCCGAUCGUUUUCGCCCGUUGCACUCGCUACGGAAUGAAAGUUCGUUCCGCUUCGACAUCUGCCCCACAUCCAUCGGCGCCACCUAUAGGAUGGAAAAACCAACAGCGGCUUCAUCAGCACCAUUCUCAACAGUCGUUGACCAGAGAUUACAGCAUUGACGAACGGACUGAUGCUUUGUUUCGCGAGUUCAGUCGCUGCGAUCCGGUUUUCGACACCAGUGGUCCUGGUUCCAAGAACGUCGGCGGAGGAAGCCGGACAGAGUUGCGAACAACUGGAUUCGCCCACCGAAGCCGGUGGAUUAAUCAGCAUCAACGGCACGAUGCUCAGCAUCAUUACCAGCAUCGAUUUAUGUCAUCGGACGCUAGCGAUUCUCUGCUGCAACAUUGCAGCCUCAAAGAAUAACAUUUAUUUAUUACAUCUAAUAUAUAAUAGUCACUUGUUUUUUUCCCCAUGUCAAACAGAGUACUAUUCAAACAAUCUAUUUGUUAAUUACGCUUCAUAUCAAAUUAACUAUAGCCUAUUGUAGAUCGGAAUCAAUUUUCAAUAUAUGACUUCUAUCUGCUACAAGAUCCCUCCCCCGUUUUUUCAAUGUUACACAAUUUUAUUACAAGUCAAUUUGAAAUUUUGAAAAACCACACACCUCAAAAAACUUGUUUUGACUACAAAUUUUAUUCUCAACAUUGGAAUGAUAAUAUAUCUAUGAAAAGUUA